AUGACUAUUACUGGGCAUAUCCGGGUCUUCGAGACGAAGAACGGGAAGAUGAUUCGUAUUUGUUCUACGUUUACGCUGAACCUUGGAGCUGAAAAUGAGCGGGUAUUAAACUCCCUACUCAACCACCAGAUAGCAUUCCUGUCUCGUGGAAAUCGAAUAGCUUCUCGAGUGGCUUCUAGAACUAGAAUUUGGACCCGCGGGUCAGUGAGUAUUCACCCUAACUCGGAUAUCAAACAACCAAAGCACAACUCAGAUAUUAUCGGGCCAUUCGAGUCGAAUGAAUUAUUAUCGAAACAGUCAACGACUCAUAAACUUUCUCUCGAGGAGCAACGCAUUACGUUAGUGGAAGGUAUGCUGGAAUUGCUAUUUCAGUGUGAAUAUCACGCACUAGUCGAGUAUGUCGAGUGUGCAAUACCCAUGCUCUUUGGUGUGUAUUUGACGAUACUGUGUCAGCUCCGGAUGAACCCCGAUGUACUGGACUUCCUUCUUGCCAACGACCCGCUGGGCUGUCUGCGUCCCAGACCAGCAAUAAAUGCCAAUAAUAUAAUGUCCCAAGCCAUGAUCUCGUCCUUCUCUAUGGAUGUAUCCACCUACUCCAGCGAUCUGUACGAGUAUCCGGCUACCAAUCGACCCGUCAACGGUCUACCCAACGCCUUCGUCAUGUGCUGGGAGAAUGUCCUAGUCCCAACGAAGUGGAUGCGUCAGCAUCUCGGACUUAGGCCGUCAGUAUCAGCUCUCCAAGCUGCCAAACAGCGAGUUCUACGCACUCCAAACCUCCAAGCAGCACUUGCCUCAGUCGAGCAAGAUCUCAUUCAACUGCUCAAUUCAGUGUCGGCGUACGGUCCACUCUUCAUUGUCAGCGAAGAGGGCGUACAGUUCGUCGAAGCCAUGUGCAAAACCUUCUUCCCGAGACUGGCCUAUUGUCUCGGCAGCACGACUAUGAUGACCAGCGUUCACGUCAUUGGAGCUCCAACCAGGUUCCAAUCUGCAGCGGAUAAAGCCGCGUGGAGAGUCAAUUUACUGCAAAGUUUGUGUCGGGAUCGACUGUUUGGUGGAGCUCCACAGAGGAUCUUUGAUCCGAUAAUGGGCAAGUUCGGACUGGUAGUAGUGAGUCCGCACCAAACGGACAUCGCAGCCUGUGGCGACGCCUACAAGGCGGCACCAUACGUCGUCGCUAAGAGCGUACACGUGCAGAAUGCACGACAUCUCACUCUUGAACAAUUCACGCUGCAUCUACGAACUCUGGCUGAGUACGUCCCGCAAGCCACUCCAUGCGACACAAGCUUCGCCAUUCAACUCUAA